CCAUUAAACAGCUGUUUAGUCACAAAAAGAUCUUGGGACCACAAGAAUUAGCUUAUAUUUUUAAUAAAUAACGCAACACCCGCCAGCCGCCAAAAAUGGAACAGAGGCAUAGGUACUAAGACUUACGCGCAUUAUGGAAUCACUGCAAUGUGCCAGCGAAGUGGCACAUAUGGCGGAACAGCAACAAACUGAGUCGCUGGUAAACAUAAAACGCAUUUCGGUGCCCUUUGGAAGUCAAGGUUUGAUGGGCACGGAUAUGGCCAAAGCCGAGGAUGUGACUCAAUUGCUGAAACAAAAACCGCAGCACACGGGAACUCUUGGUAGCGUUUCCACCCAGGCACAGCUUGCAAGUCUCAGCAGCAUCGACAGUCUCUGCGAGAGUGUGGUUGAUAUACCCAAGGAAGUGAUUCUCAUCUCUAUGGUAUCCCAAGAGCAGGCGCUGUACAAUCCCAAGAAUCCGCUCUAUCGCAACACAAAAAGCAAGGAUGAGAAAUGGAGUGAAAUUGCGAAUCACGUGGGCUGGACAGAUGCGCAAUGCAAGGCCAAGUGGAAGGCAAUGAGAGAUCAAUAUUGCCGUGAGCUAAAACGCGCCAAAGCUAAUACCAAAGGCACCGUCAAGUGGAAGUACUUUAAGGAACUCGACUUUCUGCGUCCCUAUGCGCUGGCACGCAACUAUCGCUCUCGUGGCUCCCAGAAUGCCAAUGGUAUUUUGACGACUAUGACGCUGCCGAAUAUUUCCACAACAACAACAAUCACGAGCAGCAGCAGCAACAACAACAAUGCCAACAACAAUUCGUUUAGCAAUAGCAGCAGCAGCAGUCAAAAUCUGACUAUGUCUGCUGAGCCGACCAAAUUUGCCAACAUCAAAAUCGAGGAUAGAAGUGGCUCGCUCUUGGAGACUUGUAGUUUUGUGCCAGCAACAACAACAACGGCAACAACAGGAGCUUCGAACGCAGUAACGCUUGAUAAGAAGACGGAUACAACGCGUAGUCUAAGCGCAUUUAUAGCCAGACAUAUUCUACAGCACCAACAGCAGCAGCAGCAGCCGCAGUCACAGUCACAGCAGCAGCAGCAGCCGCAGUCAUAGCAGCAGGAUACCAAUUGGAACUAUUUGACCGAUGCAAGUGGCAAUGACGUUGGCUCAGCCACAUCUAUUACGGUUACCUGCGAGACACCGAAUCCGUCGGCUAGCGAUACGCUGUACAAUGAUUUUGUGGACUGUGUGAAUGUUGGCGGCGUUGUGAAUCAAACCUCUACGCACAAUGCAGAUGAGGAGGACGAUGAUCCCAUACACACAUUUCUUAAUAUCGAGAGCUACUUUGAGAAGGAACUAAUCAUGCUGAUACAGCAGGAGGAUAUGAUCUACAAUUAUAGCAAUCAAAACUAUCGCAAUGUCAAGCUAAAGCUGGAAGUCUGGGAUGAAAUAGCACGCAAGCUUAAAAAACCAGUCAAGCAAUGUCGAGGGAAGUGGAAGGCUUUGCGGGACCAAUAUGCGCGGGAAUACAAGCGUCUGAAAACACAGGUGAAUGGUUACGUCACAUCGCGAUGGAAACACUAUGAUUCCCUAAGUUUUCUGCAGAAAUAUAUACAGCAAAAGUCACUUGACGGGGACACAUUGAAUAUGCUGAUGCCCAAACAUGAUUCUGUGGGGGAGCUUGAGGAGCAUAUGGACGAAUCGCCAUUGCGGCAUUCCGAACCACAGGCGAAUAACUUGGACACAUCGCCAGGCAGUUCAUCUCAAUUAAAUAUAUCCACACUGCCAACGCUAACGGGUCCACACAAAGCCGAGUUGGCCGUCACAAUGGAGCAACAGCAGCAACAGGAAGUGCAGCAGCCCAGCGAGCUGUGCGUGGCUAGCUAUGAUGAAAUGGAUAUAGAAAACUAUAUAAAUGGUGAUGUGGUGCAUGAUGAAGACGAUGAAAACGACAACGAUGACAUGGACACGACGCCAACAUCAGAACAGCAAUCACAGCAGCAGCAGCAGCAACAAACCGGGACUCAGCAGCAUCAUGUAGUUAACUAUGACAAUGAUGAGGAUUCGGUUUAUAUGACCGUAGAAAGUGUUACAAACGCGCUCACCAAAUCGGAGCAACUUAAUGAUACGGGAAGCAGCUUGGAGCCGCAGCAGCUGCAGCAACAACUACAAACGGCUAGCGACUAUACACAAAAGCUGGAGGUGACUACGCCCACAUCGACCAGCACACGAUAUCAGAACACAGCCAAUACACCAUCAACAUCUAGUCAGGCUGUCUAUCCGCUCGGCGGCUGUUCUAUGGCUGCGGAGGAGGAUGAAAUUGGGGCCUUCUUCAAGGCCGUUGCCAUGAAAAUACGCAAUGCACAACUGGAGCCGGUGGCAUUCACGGAUCUGCAAAUCGAUAUACUGCGAGUCAUCAAUGAAGCGCUGCGCAAUCACUAGGAUAUCAAUCCGAGUGAAGGAUGCGAUGAGAGAAAGAUCUCGUUCUCGAUGGACCUCCAAAAAUGGUUUCAAUGCGUUGCGCGUUAUUAGUUUUUAAGUGUUAUUUGAAGCAUGUUUUUUUCUGAAUUAUUAGCUUGAUUUGAUUUAUCCUUGUCAUUUUUAUAAUUGCUACACACACACACACAUCCACACACAAAUUUACACCAACAACGAAAAGGUUUUUAUUGUACAUAGGAAACUGUAAUGUUCUAAAGCUUUAGUGUGCUUCCAGUAAAAAGAACUGGAACUAAAAUACAAAAUUGUUAAUAGUCCCGAGAUAACGAAAAAA